ACUUUAGAAAACCUUCCAGAACUUCUUAAAUCAUUUGAUGGUUUGAUUUCACCAAUUUCUCAAGGCAAAAUGCCUAGAUGGACGCAUCCAGGUGUUUACAAAUAUUUUAAAGAUGAUGGUAAAAAAUAUGAAAACGUUACUAAUUGUAGUACUGGAGCCGUGUUUUUGGAUACCGAUAAAACUCAACACAUAAUUGAUAAAUUAUAUGAAUGUGCUCUUAAAAAAAAAUGUAUAGCACCACGAGGCAGUAGUAGGAAAAACCAUCGACAAGAACAAGCUAUAUUUACCUAUCUUGUUACAAAUGACAACAGAAAAUGCAAAAUGGAAGCAAUGGAUUUGG